ACAUAUAUGUUUGUGUAUAUAUAUAUUUAUAUAUAUAUGUAUAUAUAUAUGUAUAUUUGUAUAUAUAUAUUUGUAUAUAUAUAUAUAUAUAUUUGUAUAUACAGGCCUAGUAGAUUGUAUUGUCAAAACUCAGUGUAAACAAACAAGUUUUGGCAAAUCCUUCGCCAUCUCCAGUGAAACGAUGAUAAAACAUGCAACCUCCUUUAUAAAGGUAGUGAACAACUGUGAAGCAUUUAUUUUUAAAGGAAAAAAAUGGGAAUUGAGCCAUAGCUACAUGUAAAAGUUGCUAACUUUGUCAUUCUGAUGUUCAUCAUUACCUUAUCAUCUUUAUUCAUGCAAUUCCUUCUUUUUUACAAUUACGGUUCUGAUGGAUUCUUUAAAAUGCAAUGUGAUGUUUGUUUGAAGUAGCCAUGGCUCAAUUCCCAUUUAUUUAAAAUACAGUGGUUCAUAGUUGUUCACUCUGUUUCAUGUUUGUUUAUACCGAUCUAAAUGGAAGUUAGAUGAUGUUGUUACAAUAAUUUCCGACUGUUGUUCAGUGUGAUAUGUAAGUAAAUUAAAGCGUUAAAACUUAUCGUAUCGUUACAAAUGCGUUACUUUUUUAAAAGCAUAGUUUACAAUUGUGUCAAAAGUUUUAAAUGGCAUGUGUUAUGUGUUGAAUAAAUGACCGUUUGUUAAUAAUGAUUUAUAAAAAGUUAAUCUUAUAUUAUGUGUUGUAUUUUUAUACUCGUCAAUUCCCUGUUAGAUGAGAUAAAUAAUAAUUUUUAAAAAGUAUAUAAACAAAAAAUUAUAUAACAGAAUAAAAAUUAAAGGACGGACUCCAGUGACAAGAUAAUCAAGUGUUAGCAUGGAAUUAUAAAUAACAUAGAACUUGUAUAUACGCUCUUAACUACAACAAAGUGAUUUUUCAACUAAAAUGGCGUUUUAUUUGAUAAUAAUCAGUGAUAAUAUUCAGAUUAUUGAAGGCUAAACUGACAUUCGGAAAUAUAAAUACAUGGACCAGUGUAGCGUUAGCUUGCUUCACAUGCAACCACUGGACAUCUCCGAGAAGAAUUGGUUCUACUAACUAAACCUCCGCAAGAAGAGUCAACCAGCGAUGAUGUUAAGGCUGGCGCGCGACGCCUCUUAUACCAAUAAUUCAUAUCAACAAUAUAAUCCAAUAAUUCAUAUCAACAAUAUAAUACAACAAUUAUUUUUCUUAAUACAAUUUAGUAGGGUUCAAUCGCACCCUCUGCAUCCCACCCCCUACAUCCACCCCAGGUUUUAUCCUGCUUUAAAUUUGAGAUUGGUGUACUUUGUAUUAGGCCUAUAUUUGCGGUAUUGGAAACGUAAUAAAAUGCUUCGUUUAACAUUCGAGUUUUAACUUCAGUUCGUAUGUGUUGUUUAAGAAUUAUGAAAACAUAGGGGGCGUACUUCACCACGCCUUGUAAUUAGAACAUGAGUGGACCAUUUCUUUGUAGGUCUAUUUUAAAUUAAUAUUUAAUAUAACGUUUUGAUAAAUAAGUAUUAUCUUAAUGGAUGUAUGAUAAUAAUAUUUGGCGUAUCUUACUGGUUGUCUUACCAACAGCUGUGUUGAUAAAAUCUCAUUGAUUUAUUAUGACGUAAGCGAUACGGAGUCAAUACUCAGAGAUAGCACUAGAUUCCUUUCCUGUGAACACCAACGCCGGAAGAUAAGAACUCGAAAGAAAACGUGAUUCUCAGUUUCCAAAUAAAAAUCACUCGCACCUUAAGUAAACCAUAGAGAAAAUAGAGUAAACACUUGUGAUUUGUAUUAAACGACUGGUGUCAUAUACAGUACUGUAGAAGUAACAUUAUACUUGAGUGCGUUUAUCGACUAUCGUCUCCGAUCAGAUUAUAUGGUAUGUAUCAGGUUGAUGACUAUUGGCAGAUUUAAAAUGAAUAGUUUCGGUAUCGAGUAGGUCUACAGUUGUGUUUUAUGAUGGCUGAGUGGUUUGACGGGAAAUCCGGCUGUUAAAUUGAAGGCAUGUUGAGGAAACCGGGCGGUUCAGCCGCCUACUACAAGUAUAUUGGUAUUUUAAAAAUGCAGCACAUAAUAAUUGCUAUAGGGCUAUCACUUGUAUGUACGGCAGUGACAUCCGUGGGUGUACAAACAUCAAACGAGGCUUCAACGAAAAAUGCUAUAGUUAAAUUAUCACCAGAACUGCGAACAAACUCGCCAUCAGCAACUAUAACGGAUGCGGAAACCAACGCCGAAAUCUUCGCCAAAUCAUUCUCUGCGGGCGCCACACUUCAAGGUAUUAGCACUAAGCCCACGAAAGGCACGACUGUUAGUAGUGCGGUUACGUCAGAGCACAUUUCGUUUACGUCAUCAGAACGUGCUGAGAGUAGGACGCCUUCAACGAGAAUGUCUACUACAGGUGCAUUUAAUGUUUCUGUCGAGUCGGUUGGAAGCUUUGAUGCUGAGAAAGUCACAUGGCAUCUGCCACCAGUCACAACUAGAAUUAAACAUUAUAUCGUUCUAAACUAUAAACAGAAUUGUAACUCCGGUGAAUUAUUAGAUUCUAAAAUUGACUCGAAAAAGAUAAUUUCAAACGUUACAAUCAAUUCAUUGAUAAUAGAUAAUCUAUCGUACCUAACAACUUACUGCGUAUGCGUAAUAAGCAUUGCAGGCUUGGAUGAAGAUGUAUCCGGAAUUAACAAUUGCAAGGAGUUCACAACCGAUUACAACCAUAUGAACACGAAAGCUGUAAUAGCACUAGGAAUUGCCUCGUCUUUCAUAAUGAUAUUUUGUAUUGUUGUUAUUUACAAUGUUUUAAGGAGUGCGAAAAAGUUGUCGAGGCAGUCCCACGACGAAGAACUGAUUGCGAGCGUUUAUAAUGACGUAUCAAGUGAAGACGAACAAUUACCGCCACCAACCGCCACUUAAUACUGUCAUCGUUGUUCAUUAUUAUUAAUAUCAAAGAUCUUAUAAUAAGAUCUUUGAAUAUUAUUUAUAUUUUAAUUUGCUUCAAUACUUUUGAUGAGUAUAAAAUUAUCACAUAGAUAUGGAAUGGUUUAAUAUCCUUAAUGUCAGGAUUGGAAGGCGCGCCUUCUAUCAUGAAUAUGCUUUAAAUUACAUUUAUAACAGAUUCUUUAAACUUUCGGUACACCAUGUGUAAAAAUAUGGUUGGUUGUCUCUAUGUAAAGUCAUAGGUAAUUUAGGCCUACAUACCCGAGCGGUGAACGGCAUGCUCGCCUAUGGUUCUGGUAGUGGAACUCUUCUAUUAUAGGCCUAGGACUAUAAACCGUAGGCCCAGUGUACACAAUUUGGCUAAUGUGAACUUUAAAGAACCCAGUGCAAUUUUCGAGACGAAUAGGGAGUUACACCGGUGUACUGGUUCAUACAGCCCCUGUUAUGGACAGACGAGAGAUAGCUGGUGUCGGUUUACCGGAUAGCUCAGACAUGAAGAGACCCAUAGAAGAGAAGAAAGUUACUGUACGAGCUAAACCACACCACACAUCGAACGCCUGAUCAGGCACUUUGAUACUCCGGUAUAAAAUCGAAUUACAUUACAUAAUUAUUGUACCCAUCCAUAACAAUAAUACAGUUAAUUUAUUGAAUUUGAAAAAAUUAUUUCAUUGUUAUGAGUUCGAUCGGCAGACGAUAUGACCGAUCUGCACAACAAAUAAUGUUCGAACUACACUGAUAAUUCCUUUCCGAAAAAACGGUAAGAUCUAGAACGUAAUAAGGUCACGUUGAAGCAUUCGCUCAUUCAGCGUCAAGUUACGUUGUCGUGGAGAGAACGCAGAAUGGUCAGAGUGAAUCGUUACGGUAACCUCGUCGCUCAAAUUAAAAGUUAUUCAUGUGGACAAGGGCAAUGCUCAUUUUAUUGUGUUUAAAUAUUAUGUUAUUAAUUAUAUUGAUUAUUGGAUCUGAGCGGGUAUUAAAUACUAAAUAUAGCUACCAAGGACAAAGUCAAUCUAUGUUAUACUAAUAGUUUCUUUGAUCUAUUUGAUAUUUUUUUUUAUAAUUCCUUUCUUCUUAUUACCUUACCUUUCUUUUCCUUUAUCCAUGUCUUUCCUUUUCUUCCCUUUGCUUUCUUUCAUUCCUAUUUUCUGUUUUACCUUUAUUUCCCUAUAAAUUUUGUCUUUACAUUUUCUUUCUUUUUUUUUCCUUCUUUUAUCUUUGUUUCUUUUUAUUUUUUUCCUUUCCUUUACAUUCAUUUUUCCAUUCUAAUGCACUUUCCCUCUUGUUCAUUUUUUCGUUUUCUUGCCUCACAAUUUUCUUUUUUCCCUUUUACAUUUAUUAUUCUUUCUUUACUUUUUCCGUUUCUGUUUCUUUUCCUUUUUCUAAUGUUUAUGUUGAUAGCAAAGUCAACCUAAAUGGUAUUAUCAAAUAGCCCUAACGCAAUAUAUUCUAUUUGAUUUUUUACAUGAGAAAUAAAAUGUUGUAAUCAGCA